AUGGUUUUAAGGCGCAUUAGAUACCGCGUAACCUGCAGGAAAUGGAAGGAGUUAUGCGAACUACUCGGCAAAGACGACGCCAUAAAGGUCCUUCGCGUAUUCUCAUCAAAAUGGGCGGUACUCUUGAAGGAUUUAGACAACUUUUCGCUACCAAGGUUUCUGGAGGAUGAUAUCGCAAACAAGGUGCCAUCUGUUUUGGGAAAAAAGGACAUUCCACGCAUCGGAUUGUUCGAUACAAUGGACGUACUGUGUAAUAGAUUGCAUUUUGUUUCUCCAACCUUUGAUAGGAUCAGCAUAUCUCUUGUUAUGAAUGCAUAUUCCAGAAUCUAUGCUGACACAAAGCAUGCAAUGAAGACGUCUAAAAUCAACACAUCCGGAAGAGAGGAAGAGGUUAAACGGUCUGCUAUGAGAAUUAUACCAAAAGCAAUUGAUUUGAUGCCCAGGAUGAAUGAACAAGAUCUCUCUCUCUUUUUAAACGCUGUCACAAAACUUGAGAUACAACAUAACGGUAUCAUGCGUCAAACCAACGAAUUACUGUACAACGAUCUUAGGGAUUACUACAAAGGCACCGAUGGAAAUGAUAACUUGAUAAGGAAUAUGAACCCUCAGGGAAUCGCGCUCAUAUUAAAUUGUUUCUCUAGGUCAGAUAUUAAUUUUGAUGUGCAAGUAAUGAAUUAUGUGAUCAAUCAGUAUCUACCGCAAAACCACGAGAAGUUUGAAACAAGACAUUUAGCAAUUGUGUUGCAUUCAUCCUUGAGGAUGAAUUUUAUGUUCAGAAACGUCUGGAAGGUCAUUGUUGCUACAGACGAAAGAUUGUCUAAACAGCCAAGUGACUACAGCAUAAAGUUGUUAAGUACAUUGCUAUACACCUUUUCAAAGUACAAAUACUUUCCAUCGCUAUCUUUACCGGAAAUUCUAAAAUUCCUGCAUAAAAACAACUAUACUAAAAAUACGGAAUUGGAAAUAAGCAAUUUGUAUUAUGCAUUAGGGAAAUUGAAUGUAAGAGAUAUGCAACUUCUGAACAAAAUGAAUGAGAAUAUUUGGAGAAAAUUGGAUAAGCUUACUGCUCAAGCUGUCGUAAAUAUUUACAAUAGUCUUUCCAGGCUUGACUAUUUUAAACCAGGGGAUCAUAAUUACAACCUUAGAUCAGAACAUCCUUUACACAAACUGCUCUUAUCCACAUUUUUAGGCUACUUUGAUGGAGAUGUGCCAGAAAUAUACGUGCAGAAAUCUGUUUUGCCCCGUCAUAUUUUGAAUAUGCUCUUUUGCACGAUGAUUAAUUAUAUUCUGGAUCCCAACCUGUAUAACUUUCUAUUAGGCAAGUUAGCAAUAACUCGCAUAAUUGGGGAUGGUUCAAGUAGUUUAAAAGACAUGGACACCAAUGAGAAGGAUCUAAAUACCCUAUUAGUGAGGGAAAAUAUUGGAAUAAGAGGGAUUUACCAACUGUAUUGUAUAUCUCAUUACAUCAAUCUAUAUUUUACCAAUGGACUACAAACGCUAAGUCUUGAUGCUUUGUCGAUUGUAUACGACCUUAUUGAUCAGAAUACUGAUAAAUUAAAUAUUAAGGAUAACUUGAAUGAAGGGCCAACACAUCUCACUAUCAAUUCCAACGACACAGACGAGCCAAUUGUAAUCACGUCAAAAAUCCAUUUUUCCGUAUAUCGUACCCUAGAGAAUCUUAUAUCAAAGGGUUAUCUUCGAAGCUCUGGUGCAAAAAAUGCAAACUUGGCAAAACCACUCUUGUACAGGGAAUAUGAAGUCACACCAUAUGUUAUUGACAUUUUCCUACACACCAUCAUGAAAUGA